AUGUACCCGACCCCUCAGGAGAAAGCAGUCAUCGAAGAGGCAGAGCAGAUGAUGGUGGACACGAUGGCGAGAUAUGACCCAUCGCACGACAGAUAUCACGUGUAUCGCGUACGGAAGACAGCCAUGAAGCUGGCUCGCGCUCUGCCUGCAGGAAAGGUAGAUCUCUUGGUCGUGGAAUUAGCGGCCCUGCUACACGACGUGCUAGAUAAGAAAUACGUAUCCGCAGAACAAGCUGCGGACCCUUAUCAAUUCUUCCUUCCAUUUUUCGAAAGGAUGUCUACGAAGCACGGCGUGGAUCUCAUUUCGGACAACAGGGGAAAGUUGGUCGCGAAGGUCAUUGACAACGUUUCGUGGAGUACGGAAAAACGAUUGAGGGAGAAAGGAUUGUGGACUGAAUGGCAUGAGGGGUGCUUGGAACUGCAUUGUGUACAGGAUGCGGAUAGGCUGGAUGCGAUUGGGGCGUUUGGCGUGCUGAGAUGUGCUGCGUAUUCGAGUGUCACGAAUAGGCCUUUACACACGGGUGCCGACGAUCCCAAUGUAUCGGAUACCGCCAUCCAGCAUUUCCAUGACAAGCUUGUACAUAUUCGAGGGCUGUUGAAGACGGAGUUGGCGAAAGAAAUGGGGGAUAAACGACAUAAAGUGUUGACCGAUUUCCUCGCUGCAAUCGAAGACGAAUACGCUGAGGAUUGA